AUGGCGACCUCUACCUCUUUAGCCAUCGUUCUUCAUCAAUCUUCCAAUCAUGACGAACUCUUCAUGAAACAGACUCUUCAAUUCUCAGAAACUCUCAAGGAUUUGAAGAAUCUCCGGAAACAAUUAUACUCAGCUGCUGAGUACUUCGAAGCAUCUUAUGGCAAAGAAGAACACAAAGAAACGGUGAUAGAGACGUUGAAAGAGUAUGCAGCCAAGGCAGUAGUGAACACGGUGGAUCAUCUUGGUUCGGUCUCUGACAAAUUCAACUCCUUUCUCUCUGAUAACUCAACCCAUUUCUCCACCACUCAUCUUCGUUUAGCUUCCCUCGAACAAAGGAUGAAACUAUGGAGAGAGUACGCGGGGAAGAGUGGGACUUAUCAGCAUUGCUUUCUCAUUCGACCUCCUCACCAUCAUAAGCGUUACUUCUUCCCUCAACAUGGAAGAGGCACAAGUUUCUCUGCAGGAGAUGACUCACAUCGGUUCAAGAGUGCUGUUCGAUCAACAAUACUGGAAAACCACCCAAAUACUGCAAGGAAAUCUGGUAACAAGACAGGAAGCUUCUCCUUCUCACCCAUCCUACACAGCAACAAGAACAACACGAGCAACAGAACACCAAGUAAAAGAUCAAACUCUCCUAUGAGACUUCCUUUCUUACGUUCAGGAUCUCUACUGAAGCGUUCGAGCUCCCCAAGCCAGCCAAGAAUACUGGAACCACAAAGAGCGGUAUCUGUGUCGAGAAAUACAGAGAUAGUGGAGGUUAAGCAAUCUUCUUCGAGAAAGGGGAAUAAGAGUCUCAUGUUCAAGGCAUUGAUGAGUAUGAGCAGCAAGUCCAGAAACGCUCCUCCUCAAUCUUCUUAG